AUGGGUACAGGAAAGAAAGAAGCUUCCCGUAGGGAGCGCCAGGGGAAGACGGGCGAUGGCAUGGCCAAUGUCAGAACAAAAGGCGAAAACUUCUAUCGCGAUGCGAAGAAAGUCCGCCAUCUGAACAUGUUCAAAGAUGGCAAGGCCAAACACGAUGCCCAGGGAAAUAUCGUCAAGGCUGCUUCGUACCAGUCUACAGAAUUACCCAAUGCCCGGAUAGAGCCAAACCGCAAGUGGUUUGGCAAUACCAGAGUCAUUUCUCAAGAAGCCUUGACUUCUUUCCGAGAAGCCGUUGCCGAACGAGCCGCAGAUCCGUACCAGGUUCUUUUGAAAACAAAUAAAUUGCCUAUGAGUUUGAUCAGAGACGGUCAGGAACUCAACGGUCUCAAACAACAUCGUGCAAAGAUGACAAUUGAGACCUCACCUUUUGGUGAUACCUUUGGGCCCAAAGCUCAGCGGAAACGUGUCAAGCUUGAUGUUGGCUCGCUGGAAGAUCUCGCUGGAGAGUCUGUCAAAAUGCACGAUUCGUACUUGGAAAAACUAGACCAAGCUAAAUUGUUGAGUGGGAGAUCUGGUGAAGACGACGCUGAAGAUACCGGUGUUCUGGGAGUUGCUCGUGAACACGUCUUCUCCAAGGGUCAAAGCAAACGUAUCUGGAACGAGCUUUACAAAGUCAUUGACUCGUCGGAUGUUGUCAUUCAUGUUCUAGAUGCGCGCGACCCCAAUGGAACGAGGUGCAGAAGUAUUGAAAAAUACAUUCGUGAAGAGGCACCACACAAACAUCUUAUCUUUGUUUUGAACAAGUGUGAUUUGGUUCCGACCAAGGUUGCUGCCGCUUGGGUACGCCACCUGUCCAAAGAUUAUCCCACUCUCGCUUUCCAUGCAUCUAUCAACAACUCCUUCGGCAAGGGAUCCCUUAUUCAGCUUCUGCGUCAAUUUUCAGCUCUUCACUCUGAUCGCAAGCAGAUUUCUGUUGGCUUUAUCGGGUAUCCCAACACUGGAAAGUCCUCUAUUAUCAACACUCUUCGAAACAAGAAGGUCUGCACCGUUGCACCUAUUCCUGGAGAGACCAAAGUCUGGCAAUAUAUCACACUGAUGAAGAGAAUUUAUCUCAUUGAUUGUCCUGGAGUUGUGCCUCCGAAUCAGAAUGACAGCGAGGAGGACAUUCUGCUUCGAGGUGUUGUCCGAGUUGAGAACGUUCACAAUCCUGAACAAUAUAUUCCUGGUGUUCUGAAGAAGGUAUUGCCGCGCCAUAUCGAGCGGACCUACGAAAUCAAGGACUUUGAUGGUGACGCCAUAGAGUUCCUUAGUAUCCUUGCUCGAAAGGGUGGUAGAUUGUUACGAGGUGGUGAACCUGAUUUGGAUGGCGUUGCUAAGAUGGUGAUUAAUGAUUUCCUUCGAGGAAAGAUCCCUUGGUUCACACCGCCCCCGUAUACUGAAGGAAAUGAGGAUGAAAAGAUUGAAGGACGAGAAGGUCGUCUUGGAGAAAUGUCCAAAAAGCGCAAGAGAGACACUCCCGCGGCUGACUCCGAAGCAAAUGAUGAUGCGAAGUCUGAAGACGAGGAAGAUGACUCAAAUGAAUUCGAAGAGUUCGACGAUGACGAUGAGUCUGACGGAGGUAUCCAUGUCUCCGAUGAUGAUGAUGACGAAGAUGAAGACGAAGACAAGGAUGGUGAUGCAUCUGCAAAAGAUUGA